AGUGCAGUGUAAGUCCGGACGCCGACACCGAUGAGGAUUUACUCUUAUCAGGUCAAAUAGUGCCAAUGUUCUUUAAUGGCGCUUUACUUUGAAUUCGAGUAGGUACUAAUUGCAGCUCAGUUAUUUAUGUCCAGUUAUAUUUCCCGAGGUUGUCAUCAUUGGUUGGCUAACUUGCAGAGCUAGCUAGCGGUUAGCAGUUAACAGUGACUCAGCUAGCUGGCUGGCUAUCGUAAAGCCUAGCUGGCGUUUGAUCACACACAUAAAUGGUCACCACAUCACGGUGAAACAUUCGUAAUUACAGCGAGUAAACACAUAGACAAUCAAGAUGACAGAUGCUGAAUCUUCUCUCGAAUUUAGUACGUCCCUGACGAGCUCUUUGCUGCCGCCUCCCCGAACUCGGAUCUUCAAGAUCAUUGUAAUUGGAGACUCCGGGGUCGGUAAGACCUGUCUUACGUACCGGUUCUGUGCAGGCAAAUUCCCAGACAAAACCGAGGCCACGAUCGGGGUUGAUUUUCGGGAAAAGGUAAUUGAAAUCGAUGGAGAGAAAAUUAAGGUGCAGCUUUGGGACACUGCGGGUCAGGAGCGCUUCCGUAAGAGCAUGGUGCAACAUUACUACCGCAACGUGCAUGCCGUCGUGUUCGUCUAUGAUGUUACCAGUGCUGCCAGUUUCCGUAGUCUUCCGGCGUGGAUCGAGGAAUGCCGGCAGCACGCCCUGGGCCAGGAAGUGCCCCGGAUCCUUGUGGGCAACAAAUGUGACCUGCGCCAUGCUGCCCAGGUGAGCACAGAGCUGGCGCAGCAGUUCGCCGAUGCCCAUUCCAUGCCCCUGUUUGAGACGUCGGCCAAGAAUCCGCAUGGGGCUGAGGAUGGCAGUCACAACCACAGCGACCAUGUGGAGGCCAUCUUCAUGACAGUGGCACACAAGCUGAAGUCACAGAAGCCGCUGGUGCUGAGCCAGCCAGCCGUGGGCAACACAGUCACUCUGAGGAGGCAGGAUGAGGGGGAGGAACCACGUGCCAACUGGGGCUGCAACUGCUGGAGGAGUUAGCAAGAAGCAGGGCUAAAUCUCUGUGCAUUUACUAUACAACUGAAGGGUGAGGGGUCCCUGCUUUAAAGUCAGGAGUCAACCAGGAGGGAAUUGGAGGAAAGGAGGUGGACUCAGACACUCCUUGGUCUUUUUUUUUUUUUUUUACGGCAAAGACGUCAACAGUGGUUGUAAACUGGAUGAAUCGGUUAGGCUGAGGGAUUAGAUUUAACAGAAUGUUUUAUGGAAGCAGGUAAACUGCUUUCUUGGCAUUAUAGCGAUACUUUACUAUGUACACACAACAAUCUUUACUUGAAGUUAAGCCUGCAGGGAUUCUCUGCUCUGUUUGCGUUGGAAAUGAUUAAAAUUCUUUAGAAUUAAAAGCAUACCGCACUUAGGACGUGUUGAGGACAUAUUCCAUCAAGGCAGUGUCACUUGACAGACAGUUGCUUACAAUGUUGACAUCAAACUUUCUAGCUUUGAGUUAUGCUCAAGGCAUGUCACAUUACACCACUGGAUCAUCUAGACUCUGGACUCCUUUUUUUUAAACAUUCAUUGAGCAUUGAACAUUGGCUGGUUAUGAAGGGAAAUUCAGGAGCUGGGUUCCAGGGAGCGCACUAAUCUUCUCUUGUUGGAACAGCGUAAGUCGCUGUUGCAAACUUGGAAGUCUUUUUCUUUCCUUUGUCUUUUACUACAACUGUCACUAUGAAACUCCACUGGUCAGUAAAAGUUGAAAUGAGCUCACCAAGUCCUUAGCACAGUCCUUAGUGUUUUAAGCUAUGACGUGUGUAGGUUAGACUGCUCAUUAAGGAAGGUGUGGAAGAAAACCUCACUGUCAACACAUGUUCCUAUAACCAGUGUUAAGCUUUGUAUGUCAUACUCAAUAGUAACAUUACGUGGCCUUGUGCUUUUCCAAAGACCCUAACAAAAAAAAUUAGGAAUGGUUGCUUAUAAUGUGCAGCACAGUUCCAAAUAGAACAAGCAUUUCAUAUAAUGCACUGCAUUUACUCUGUGCAUGGCCCUAUUAUAUCACUAGAGCAGCAGUAUGAAGCUUCGGUCUUUCUCCCAGCCAGUAACCCAUUACUAGAUAAAUAGAUGUGCAUGGCUUUGGGGCAGCUAAAAUGGCUAAGGUCUUAGAAAUAUGUACCCUCCGUGUGAGCGUGUUACCACAGCAGGCCCUGUGGUGGGCAUGUUCAAGCAUCCCUGCACGGUGGUGUGUGGUUUUGUUUAUUGUUUUGGGGAGAUUGUUCAUCUAAAAGAGCUUGCAGAAUGCUACAGGAGCUCAUGACUUAUAGAACAGUUCCAUCUCUAAUGUCAUCAUUCAGCAUCCCUGUUUGUUUUGCAAAGAAGAAUAGUGGGUCUGAGGUUGUGGUGGUCUUUAUAGAGUCAGAGUAUUUCAAAGCUAGCUACUAUGUACUUGUAAUAUCACAGAUCAUCAUAGGAUUCUAGAGUGUCACCUAUUUUGCAGUUAAGAUGUAUUUUUUGGAUGCUGGAUUGGUUGGCUGGUGAACAUUUUGCUUUUUUUUGUUUGCUUUACGAAAGUAGUAGUAGUCCAUGUUCUUUUCAUUUGAAGUCAGCAUGUACAUUGCUGUGAAAUAGACCAGGCCCUGUCCAAAAACCAAGAUGUAUGCAGUGGGUUUAACUUUAUGCCAAAAUAUGUUGAUUUAAAGCACACUGGGUCAGCCAAGCAUUGUCUACACACAUCACUUUCAGUGCCCAUGAACGAGUCAUGCACUUCAGACUUCCUACGCCACAUGGACUACAUCAGGACAUCUUUUAGUCACUGACAGGACAAAAUGGAGCCAAAUCAGAUCUUGGUUAAUUGGUGUUUGACACACAGUAUCUGCCUGUUUCAAUGGGCUUGGAAAUAAAGCGUCCAAUACA